AAAGCACCGUGACAAGAACUGUGUAGCCACCCGGUCUAAACUCAACUCCCAAAAGCUCUGCGAUGAAGUGCCUGAUUGUCCUCGUGGCUUUGUGUGCGCUGGCGGCCUCGGCACCGUCGGGCGAUAUUGAGGUCCGCAAGCUGGACAUCGACCACGCCGGCCUGGUGGAUGGGUCGUACAGCUUCAGCUACGACCAGUCCGAUGACCACAAGCGAGACGAGACGGGCGUCGUGAAGACGGUGAAGAACUUUGAAAACGAGGACGUCCCGGCCCUUUCCGUCACCGGCAUGUACGAGUUCGUCGAUCCGGAGGGCAAGCGCUACAUCGUCAAGUACAUCGCCGACGAGAAGGGUUUCAACCCGACCAUCACCGAGGCCUAAGCAGGGGCGAGUCCUAGCGAUUCUUAGUUCGCACAGCCUACUACACAAAC